AUGAAGAAGAGAUUUAAAGCAAUCACUGAGAAUAGCAGGUGUGGAAGUAGCAGGAAAAAACCUGUUUCCAAAAAUCAAGCGGUAUCCAUCUUCAGUUACGACCUGGAUGGUGAUGGGGUAGCAGAGCUCAUAACUGGAUGGAGCAAUGGCAAGGUUGAUGCUAGAAAUGAUCGCAGCGGUGAGGUAGUUUUUAAGGAUAAUUUCAAAUCUACUGUUGCUGGCAUCGUGCAAGGUGAUUAUCGUAUGGAUGGAAAGAAUCAGCUUAUUUGUUGUUCAACUGAUGGAGAAAUCAGAGGAUACCAGCCGUCGUCCCCUGAGAGUCGGUACUCUUUGAUGGACGUGAACAUUGAACAGGAGACAAUAAGGGAAUUAAGUCAGAGACGCCACACUCUUCUGAUGGAAUUGAAAAACUACGAGGAAAACCAGAGGAUGGGAUCGUCUGGAGAGAUCAUUUAUGGUAAACCCUCGUCAGCAGGCGACCAAGUUGGAAUUAUACCUGCAAAUACUCAGCUUCAAACUGGACUUGCUAUUGACAUGGGUAGUGAAGAGAAAAAUAAACCGCCUCAUGUGGAGAUUGCUUUGGCAACAACCAACGACACUGUAAUUAAAGCCGUCAUCAUAUUUGCGGAAGGAAUAUUUGAAGGCGAGAGUCAUGUUUUUCAUCCGAGAGACAAUGCGCUGGCAAGUAGUGUACGAGUUCCUCUGUAUCCCCCGAAGGAUGUGCCAGUUGAUCUUCACAUCAAAGCUAUGGUUGGCUACAAGGGGUCUCUUCAUUACCAUGUCUUUGAGCUAACCAGGCAGCUCCCGAGGUUUUCAAUGUAUGCCCUGUGUACAACCCCAGUGAAUCAACCUCAAGGCUUUGUCAAGUUUAAAAAUUUCAAAAUUCACGAGCGUGUUGCAAGGAUUGUCAUGUGGAUCAAUGCAAAUUUUUUGCUCUUGGAAGAUCUGCAGUUAGGGGAGCAAGGAGACCUGGAUAUCUCUUUCUUGUCCUUACGUACCACCAUGCCGCUGGUUAUCCAGUCGACGGCCAAUUGUGAAUUAACCAUUAAAACGGAUGAUAUGGAUCUUGCUGGAGACCUUAUCCAAGCAUUGUCUAAUUAUCUCAAUUUAGAAGAUUUGCAGGUUGAAGCAGACUUUCCAUCAGAACUAGAACAGCUGGGAACAGUGCUGGAACGAGUUGAAGAGUAUCAUGCGACAAGACAAAGGCUGUCUGCUGAUAUGGCGGACCAUUCUGGGGUCAUUCGCACAUUAGUGGUCAGGGCAGAAGAUGCCAGACUCAUGUUUGAUAUGCAAAGCAUGCGUCAGUGGUAUAGCGAACUGUUUAACCUGAACAAAGACCUCAUCAACGGGUACAAGAUAAGAUGCAACAACCACCAGGAACUUCUCAAUUGUCUCAAACAAGUCAAUCAGACUAUACAAAAAGCAGGUCGAUUAAGAGUUGGGAAAUCCAAGACAACAGUUGUGAGUGCAUGCAGGCAAGCCAUCAAGAACAACAACAUCAGCGCCUUGACAAAAAUAAUUCGGUCUGGCAAAUCAUAAGUUGUAGUGCUAGUUCUUAAUGCGUUGUCCUUUGAAAGUGAGAAAGAGGUGAUUGAAAAAAGAUAAACCUUGGGUCACUCCGUAUGUUAUAAAACUGAUUUCAGUCGAAAAUUUUUACAAUAUCAAAGAAACUUUUUGCAUCUUUGCAAAUAAAAAUAUUGCAAUGCAGUCCACUGAAGGUUUACUGUUGAAUUAUUGAAAAUUAAUAAUUCAGGUACAGUAAUGAAUAUGAAGAUAUUCAAUCGAAUAUUUAUUCAAAUGUUGCAAAACACUAUUAGUAUUUUUUUAGAUGUUUGUGUUAUUCUUUUCCAGUGCCUGUUAAUAUUACAGGACUUUUUUUUUCAAAUUAGUCUCCCACUGCUGUAAAUUUUAAUUAAACUCACAACAGCUACAAACCUUUUUGGCAUAACGUAUUGUUAUUUCAAGAGUCUGUGUGGUUGUACAUUAAUUUAUAACGAAUGAAUUUACUUUAAGUUUUGUCAUGGGACAUUUUAAAAAUGAGGUAGAGUCAAAUAUUUCCUAGUCAUGCAUAUUGUGCAUUGGUGAGUAUGUUAUGCAGUACUGGAAAGCUAAUUAAUGUAUUUUAAGUAAAACACUCAUAUAUAAUAGUUUUUAU